AUGACUUUGGGUGAUAACACCGAUGAUCGUGUUAUUGAUGAAAUUAAAGAAUACCAAAAUGCAAGAUGGAUCUCGCCCCGUGAAGCUGCAAGGCGUAUAUUUGGAUUUGGAAUUGCAGAGAUGAAGCCUGCUGUAAUACAGUUGCAGAUGCAUUUAGAAAACUCACAAUAUAUCAAUUUUUAUGGCCAUGAAAGGAUAACCUAUAUAGUGAGUAGAGAAGAUUCGUCUCGUACUAUGUUAACUGAAUUCUUUGCAAUGAAUCUUUCAAGCGAUUUUGCAAGAACUUUGAACUUGCUUUAUGUAGAAUUCCCUUGCCAUUUUGUUUGGUGUAAGUCAAGCAAGUCUUGGAAACCUCGUAAACAACUUACAGUUAUAGGCAGACUUGUUGCUGUUAAUCCAACUGAGGGAGAACGGUAUUAUCUACGGUUGUUAUUAAUGAAUGUCAGGGCGCCAACUUCGUUUGAUUGUUUAAGAACUGUAAAUGGUAAAAUCACUUCAUCUUUUCGUGAGGCUGCUGAGAAACUAGGAUUACUUGCAGGAGAUUUCGUUGUUGAAGAAUCGUUAAAUGAAGCAGUAUUAUUCCAAAUGCCUUUGAGUUUGCGAAGUUUCUUUGCAACGCUUCUCAUCUUUUGUGAUAUUUCAAAUCCUAUUUCAUUAUGGAUGAAAUACAAAACACACAUGUGUCAAGACUUUUUAAAGACAGGCUUACACACAAAUGCUGAGGCCGAAUCAUUAGUCCUAAAGAUGAUUGCCAAUAUAGUACAAGAAAUGGGCAAGAAAACAAAAGAUUACUGCCUAUUUGAUCUAUUGGAAUCCUAUGAUUUCGCAGGACGUCUUACUAAUGAGAUUUUGCACGAGAAGAACUUGACGGUUUCUGAGGCAGAUCUUUUAGCUAUUCAUCAACUCAAUAGAUUGAUCGCUCUUGCAACUGCAACUUCUGGCAUAGCUGCAUCUAUAUUACCUGGCGGUCGCACCGCACAUUCUCGCUUCAAACUCCCACUUGAUGGGAAUGAUAAGUAUGUAUGCAAUAUAGGUAAACAUACUGCUGAUGCGAGUUUACUUCGCCAUAGUAAAUUGAUUCUUUGGGAUGAAGCAUCCAUGGCACAUAGGAAUAUAGUUGAGAGCCUUGAUACAAAGCUAAAAGAUAUAAUGGAUUGUCAGGAUUUAUUUGGGGGGAAAGUCAUUGUAUUUGGAGGAGAUUUUAGGCAAACAUUACCAGUUGUAAGACAUGGAAAGAAGGAAGAUUUCAUUGCAGCAUCUUUGGCUGAUCCUACAUUUGCAAGUUACUUGAUGAAGAUAGGUAAUGGCACAGAACCUGCUAUUUACCAAAACAAAAUAAAUGUGCCUUCUCAAUUUCCUGUAAAAAAAUGUGGAUCAAAGUCUUUGUUAGAUGCGUUGUUUGAUGCUGUAUAUCCAGAUUUACAUUAUUUCUUCAAUGACCCAUACCCACUGAUGGACAGAGCAAUUUUGACAACAAAGAAUGAAUUUGUUGAUGAGAUUAAUAUGCUUUUGCUGGAAAAGUUCCCUAGUGAGAAGAAAAGUUACAUCAGUUACGAUGAACCACUUGAUUCAAAGUACUUGCAUUGCCAAGAUUAUUUGCAUACUUUAUCUCCUCCUGGCUUGCCUCCUCAUACUUUAAGCUUGAAAAAAAAUUGUCGGUAA